UUUACUUCUGGUUGCCUGUGAGGGUUUUGCUCCUCCCUUCUGAAAUCCUAUAUUAGCUGUGGCCAAAGCUGGGUAAGAAACACAGCUCAUUGUUGGCAAGUGCCGAUGAGCCUCGCAGAGGAGUGAGGAGCGGCGCUAGGGCUGCGGCAGCGGCAGAGCCCCGCCGUCACGUCAACCCGGGAGAGGAGUGCAGCGCGCUCUAUGCGGGGUGACUGCUGGUGACUGAUUUCACCGCCACCUUUGAAGGGAAAGAAGAAAGCAGCCGGGAGGUGGGAGAUGGCGGAACAUAUGAUGGCCAUGAACCACGGGCGAUUCCCCGACGGCGCCGGCGGGCUCCACCACCACCCCGCGCACCGGCUGGGCAUGGGGCAGUUCGCCGCCCCCCACCACCACCAGCAGCAGCAGCAGCAGCCGCACGCCUUCAGCGCCCUGAUGGGAGACCAUAUACAUUACGGAGCGGGCAAUAUGAACGCGAGCGGCGGGGUCCGGCACGCCAUGGGGCCGGGCGGCGUGGGAGGGGGGCACCCGGCCGGCAACAUGCCGCCCCCCGCCCGCUUCAGCGGCUCCCAGUUCAUGGCCCCCCCCGUGGGCAGCCCGGGAGGGCAGCUUAGCGCCAGCAUGCAGUUGCAGAAGCUCAACAACCAGUACUUCAGCCACCACCCGUACCCGCACGGCCACUACGUGCCGGACUUGCACCCCGGCGGCCACCCGCUGAGCGGCGGCGGACAGCAUUUCAGGGACUGCAACCCCAAGCACGGCGGCGGAGGCAGCGGCUUGCCGCCCGCCGUGCCCCACGUCCCCGCGGCGAUGCUGCCGCCCAAUGUCAUAGACACUGACUUCAUCGACGAGGAGGUCCUCAUGUCCUUAGUCAUCGAAAUGGGGCUGGAUCGCAUCAAGGAGCUGCCCGAGCUGUGGUUGGGACAGAACGAGUUUGACUUCAUGACGGACUUCGUUUGCAAACAGCAGCCCAGCAGGGUGAGCUGCUGAUUCAUUUCCAACAAACAAAGGACUUUCUAGCGGUGCGAGUGAAAACAUUCCCCCCAACGCGGUGUCUCACUUUUCGCUGCCCGAAAAGGUGAGAAUCUGGAAAGCAGAGUAAACUAUGCGCUUGCGUAAACUCUUUUUUUUUUUUUUUUCUUUUUUUUUUUUUUUUUUUUUUUUUUUAAAUUACUGCCACUUCUUAUUUUUGUAGCCUCGACAUUCACGUGUCCUCUCCCCCCCUCACCUCUCCCUCCCAUCCUUCCCCCAUCCCCCCGGGGAUCAUUCCCAUCGAACUGUGCCUUUGGGCGCUGUUUGCCCCCUUCCUCUCUCCUGGUUUCCUCGCAGGAACGUGCCCAUCACUCCCACCGUGCUGAACAGAUAGAUGUUAAUCUUGGCAAACUGCUUGAUCUUGGGGAUUUUGGAAACGAUGGUUUCUAAUGACUCGAGCUGCAUUUAAAUUCUGAGGGAACAGGGAAAAAGGCAUUCGUUGGUUGCAUGAACUUUGAAGGGCAGAUACUACUGCACAAAUGCUGCCAUCUUGCUUAAUUUUUAACUAUGCAUCGCAGUGCAGGCUAAUGAAUACAUUAUUUUAUUUUAUUUUUCGGAUAUGCUAAACUGGAAGCUUAGCAGAUGUGGGCCAAACCUUUCCGGAUCAGAACAAGUAAUACUGUUACUUAGAGUCUGCUGCCCAUUCCCCCUCCCCCAUAUGUACAGACAAUAAUAUGGUGUGGAUGGAAUGCUGACUAGUGGCAAACAUUUCACAGGUCUUCUUUCUAUCUCUUUUUUUUUUUUUAAUUUUUUUUUAAUUUUUUUUUUAUUUUAGUUCAAUUAUUUUCUAUUCUUCAGCAUUUUGACACUGUGCUAAUAUAGUUUAUUCCGUACAUGAAAAGAUACUACUGUGUUGAAAGCUUUUCAGGAAAUUUUGACAGUAUUUUUGUACAAAACAUUUUUUUGAGAAAAUAUUGUUAAUUUAUUCUAUUUUAAUUUGCCAAUGUCAAUAAAAAGUUAAGAAAUGCUUUAGUUUUUCUAGAAGUCAUUUACCAGUAUUUUUCUUCGAAACUCCCCCCACUGUCCCCAGUAAGUAGAGCAUCUCUCUGUAGUGUCAUGUCGGUGUUCGAAAAGACAUUCCAGGAUUUAAGGUACACUGCACCCCUAUAUAUGUCAUGGUGAACUCGGUAGGUGAGCAGGAUUUAAACAUACUUACAGCAUACAGCCUCAUACGUAGCAUUGUAAUAUGCCUGUCAGUGUGGUUUUAUGAAAUACAAAGUUGCCGAGAUGCGACUUUUUUGUGACUUGCCAACAUACUUGCUUUAAAUGUAGUUGUCCAGAGUUAUGAUGCAUAAAGUAUUUAUUAUAUUUAUCUAUUAAACUUGUAAUUUUAUAAAUCUGC